AUGGCGUCACCACAGGGAGACUAUCCUCCUCAGGAGGGCUACGACCAGCAGCCUCCAGCACCUGGUGCAGGUCCCGCCGCCCAAGCUGGCGCAAAGAAGAAACGUGCCUAUGCUGGUCAAGCGUUUGAUUUCGGCUCAGGUGCGAAUGCGGCUCUCGGAGGACAACAACAGGGCGGUGGCAAUUAUGGCGCUUACGCUGCCCAGGCGGCCGCUGCUGGAUACCCCCCCGCUGGAUACGGAGCAGACCCUGCUGCAGGAUAUGUUGCGCCAGCAGUUCCUGCUCCUGGCGGUUAUCAACCCCCGGUAGCUGGGUACCCAGGCCCCGCAGAUGCUGGCGUGGCCCAAGUCACCCAGCAGUUCGGCCACAUGGGAGUCGGUGAUCCGAACCAGCCUCAGCAGCCCAUGCAACCCCAGCAAGUCCCGAGAGCCGUUCCUCUGAACCAGCUGUAUCCGACCGACCUUCUGACCCAGCCGUUCAAUGUCGCCGAGAUUGACUACCCGCCUCCUCCCAUCAUUCUACCUCCAAACACGAGUAUUUACCCUUCGCCUUACGCCAACUGCCCACCCAAGUAUGUGCGAUCCACUCUCAAUGCUGUGCCGACAACCCACUCGCUUCUCAAGAAAUCAAAACUGCCGUUCGCCCUUGUCAUUCAACCAUACGCUGCGCUUCACGAUGCGGAAGACGAUGUCCCAGUGAUCCCUGAUCAGGUCAUUUCUCGAUGCAGACGUUGCCGAUCAUACAUCAACCCGUUCGUGUCGUUCUUGGACCAAGGGCACCGCUGGCGUUGCAACAUGUGUAACUUGACCAAUGACGUCCCCCAAGCCUUUGAUUGGGAUACUACUCUACAAAAGCCCGCCGAUCGCUCACAGCGUCCGGAAUUGAACUACUCGGUGGUGGAGUUUGUUGCGCCACAGGAAUACAUGGUCCGCCCGCCGCAACCAUUGGUCUACUUGUUCUUGAUUGAUGUUAGCUACGCCUCGGUGACCAACGGCCUCCUUGCAACCGCCGCUCGAUGCAUCAAAGAGAGCUUGGACCGAAUUCCCAAUGCCGACCGAAGGACCCGACUCGGGUUUCUCGCUGUCGAUUCUAGUUUGCACUACUUUACCAUUCCCAGAGAUGGAUCAGAAAACUCGGAUCCUAGGAUGUUGGUGGUCAGCGAUCUCGAAGAGCCUUUCUUGCCUAUUCCGGGCGAUCUCCUUGUCACACUGAGCGAGUGCCGGGAGAACAUUGAGACUUUCCUGGACAAACUACAAGAUAUGUUCCAGAAUACCCAAAAUGGUGGCUGUGCGUUGGGAUCAGGUCUUCGAGCGGGUUACAAGCUGAUUGCUCACGUCGGCGGAAAGAUUACCGUGCUUUCUUCUUCACUGCCUAAUCUCGGCCACGGCGCACUUACGGUUCGAGAGGACAAGAAAGUCCUGGGCACCAGCAAGGAGGGCAGCCUAUUGCAGACGGGCAACAGCUUUUACAAGAGUUUUGCAGUGGAGUGUUCCAAGGCCCAAGUAUCGAUUGAUAUGUUCCUGUUUUCGUCACAAUAUCAAGACGUUGCCUCCCUCAGCAACCUGCCUCGGUACACCGGUGGCCAGACAUAUUUCUAUCCCGGAUGGAACGCCGCCCGCACAGAAGACGCCAUCAAGUUCGCCCGGGAAUUUUCCGAUUAUCUUUCGUCGGAGAUUGGGUUGGAAGCGGUGUUGCGUGUGCGCGCGACGACAGGGCUUCGGAUGAACACAUUCUACGGAAACUUCUUCAACCGGAGCUCGGACCUUUGCGCAUUCCCUGGAUUCCCCCGUGAUCAAGCGUACGUGGUUGAGGUGGCUAUUGACGAGACGGUUACCAAGCCUGUUGUCUGCUUGCAGACGGCUGUUUUGCACACCACAUGCAACGGCGAGAGAAGGAUCCGAGUUUUGACGCUGGCCUUGCCCACGACUCAGACGCUGGCAGACUUGUACGCAUCGGCUAACCAGCAAGCAAUUACCACGUACUUUAGUCACAAGGCAGUUGAGCGUGUGUUGGGCAGCGGAUUGGAGCAGGCGCGUGAAGCUGUGCAGUCGAAACUUGUCGAGCUUCUGUCUACAUACCGCAAGGAGCUUGCUGGUGGCAGUGUCGGCGGUGGCGGACUCCAGUUCCCGGCCAACAUGAGAGGGCUACCUGUAUUGUUUUUGGCAUUGAUGAAGAACCUUGGUCUCCGCAAAUCCGCACAGAUCCCUACGGACAUGCGGUCGGCAGCUCUCUGCCUGCUCUCGACAUUACCGAUGAACCUCAUGAUCCAGUACAUCUACCCGAAGCUGUAUUCUCUCCACGACAUGCCAGACGAUGCAGGACUGCCGGACGACAAGACGGGAGAAAUUGUUCUUCCGCCUCCUAUCAACCUGUCGUCAGAACGGCUGGUGCCCUACGGUCUCUACUUGAUCGACGACGGACAGACGCAGUUCUUGUGGGUUGGACGUGACGCGGUGCCGCAGCUUGUGCUGGAUGUCUUUGGCGUCAGCGACAAGAACCAGCUGCGGGUUGGCAAGCAAUUCCUGAUCGAGCUAGACAACGACUUCAACGAGCGGGUGCGCGCGGUGCUGCAAAAGAGCCGAGACCACAAGGCCAAGGGCGUGGGCAGCAUCAUCUCGCCCCAGCUGUAUGUUGUCAAGGAAGAUGGCGAGCCGGGACUCAGACUGUGGGCGCAGACGAUGCUGGUGGAGGACCGCACAGACCAGAGUCCCAGUUUACAGCAAUUUAUGGCCUCCUUGCGAGACAAGAGAGCCGCCAUGGCUCAAAGUCAAAACCCCCAAGGAGGGUCGAGAAAGAUCUCCUUCAACGUGUCCGACCAGUACGAUAUUCAGGAUGUCAUUGGCGAGGGCGCAUACGGUGUCGUCUGCUCUGCGUUGCAUAAGCCUUCUGGCCAAAAAGUAGCCAUCAAAAAGAUCACCCCCUUUGACCAUUCCAUGUUCUGUCUCCGAACACUGCGAGAGAUGAAGCUGCUGCGAUAUUUCAACCACGAGAACAUUAUUUCGAUCCUCGACAUCCAACGACCUCGCAACUAUGACAGUUUCACCGAGGUCUACCUCAUCCAGGAACUGAUGGAAACCGAUAUGCACCGUGUGAUCCGCACGCAGGAGCUGUCCGAUGACCACUGCCAGUACUUUAUUUACCAGACUCUGCGCGCAUUAAAGGCCAUGCAUUCCGCCAACGUGCUGCACCGAGACUUGAAGCCUUCCAAUCUGCUCUUGAAUGCCAACUGCGACUUGAAAGUCUGUGAUUUCGGUCUCGCCCGCUCUGCUGCUUCAACCGACGACAACUCGGGCUUCAUGACGGAAUACGUCGCUACUCGCUGGUACCGUGCGCCUGAAAUCAUGUUGACGUUCAAGGAAUACACCAAAGCCAUCGAUGUCUGGAGUGUGGGAUGUAUCCUGGCCGAGAUGCUCAGUGGGAAGCCACUAUUCCCGGGCAAAGACUACCACCACCAACUCACCUUGAUUCUGGAUGUACUCGGCACUCCCACCAUGGAGGAUUACUAUGGUAUCAAAUCCCGCCGCGCGCGCGAGUACAUUCGCUCGUUACCGUUUAAGAAGAAGAUUCCCUUCAAGGCCCUGUUCCCCAAGACGAACGACCUCGCUCUGGAUUUGUUAGAGAAGCUGCUGGCUUUCAACCCGGCCAAGCGCAUCACAGUCGAGGAAGCCCUGCGACAUCCAUAUUUGGAACCAUACCACGACCCUGAAGACGAGCCGACCGCGGAUCCCAUUCCGGAGGAAUUUUUUGAUUUUGACAAGAACAAAGACGCUCUUAGCAAGGAGCAACUAAAGCUCCUGAUCUACGAGGAAAUUAUGCGGUAG